CGCCGAGGGAGAGAGGGAGAGAAAGCUUGACCCGGCGGGCGGGCCGGCCUUGCUCGCCCUCGGUUACCUGUCGGGAGCUCUCGGUCCCCCCGCGGAGCGCCGCGGCCAUGCGGCUGGGGUGCGCAGCCUGGCCCGGGCCGGGCGGCUCGCCCGCGCUGCUGCCGCCGAUGCUGCUGCUGCUGCUGCUGGGCUCCUGCCCGGGGCUCGUCGGGGCGGCUCGCAGGCCCAACGUGCUGCUGCUGCUCACCGACGACCAAGACGCGGAGCUCGGCGGCAUGACGCCGCUGAAGAAGACCAAGGCCCUCAUCGGAGAGAAGGGGAUGACUUUCUCUAGUGCCUACGUGCCCAGCGCUCUCUGCUGCCCCAGCAGAGCCAGCAUCCUGACGGGGAAGUACCCGCACAAUCACCACGUGGUGAACAACACUCUGGAGGGCAACUGUAGCAGCAGGUCCUGGCAGAAGAUCCAAGAGCCGGCCACCUUCCCCGCGAUCCUGAGGUCGGCGUGCGGCUAUCAGACCUUCUUCGCUGGGAAGUAUCUAAAUGAGUACGGAGCCCCCGACGCAGGUGGACUGGAGCACGUCCCUCUGGGCUGGAGUUACUGGUAUGCCUUGGAGAAGAACUCCAAGUACUAUAACUACACCCUCUCUAUCAACGGGAGGGCUCGGAAGCACGGCGAGAACUACAGCGUGGACUACCUGACGGAUGUUCUGGCCAACCUCUCCCUGGACUUCCUGGACUACAAGUCCAACUCGGAGCCCUUCUUCAUGAUGAUAUCCACUCCAGCGCCCCACUCACCAUGGACAGCCGCACCUCAGUACCAGAAGGCUUUCCAGAACGUCUUCGCACCGAGAAGCAAGAACUUCAACAUCCACGGCACGAACAAGCACUGGCUCAUUAGGCAGGCCAAGACUCCAAUGACGAACUCUUCAAUCCAGUUCCUAGAUGACGCCUUCAGAAGGAGGUGGCAGACUCUGCUCUCGGUUGACGACCUUGUGGAGAAGCUGGUAAAGAGAUUAGACGUCACUGGUGAGCUGGACAACACGUACAUCUUCUAUACCUCAGACAACGGCUACCAUACAGGGCAGUUCUCUUUGCCAAUUGACAAAAGACAGCUGUACGAGUUUGACAUCAAAGUGCCACUGUUGGUCCGAGGGCCUGGCAUCCGACCGAACCAGACAAGCAAGAUGCUGGUCUCCAAUAUUGACCUGGGCCCCACCAUCCUGGACCUCGCUGGCUAUGACCUGAAUAAGACACAGAUGGAUGGGGUGUCCUUACUGCCCAUUCUGAAAGGGGCCAGUAACGUGACCUGGAGGUCAGACGUCCUGGUGGAAUAUCAAGGAGAAGGCCGGAACGUCACUGACCCGACCUGUCCUUCCCUGAGUCCCGGAGUGUCUCAAUGUUUCCCCGACUGCGUGUGUGAGGAUGCUUACAACAAUACCUACGCCUGUGUGCGGACGCUCUCGUCCCUCUGGAACCUACAGUACUGCGAGUUCGAUGACCAGGAGGUGUUCGUAGAAGUCUAUAAUAUAACUGCAGAUCCAGACCAGAUCACCAACAUUGCUAAAAGUAUAGACCCCGAGCUUUUGGGAAAGAUGAAUUACCGCCUGAUGAUGCUCCAGUCCUGUUCGGGGCCAACCUGCCGCACGCCAGGAGUCUUUGACCCCGGGUACAGGUUUGACCUGCGUCUCAUGUUCAGCAGUCACGGCAGCGUCAGAACAAGAAGGUUCUCGAAGCACCCUCUGUAGUGCGGUGCCCAGCCUCUGCAGCUGGAUCCUCGCACACCCCUUUCUCAUGAAAUGGUUGUGGUAGGAACCCAUGCCUGGAAGAGCUCUGGCCUGGCUGUUUGGGGCCCUGUUGGAAAAAUCACCCGGUCAGCUGACUUCCAGUACUGUGAAUCCAGCCCUGUGUCAGAAGUGGCCGACCCUGUCUCUUCCUCAGAUGACAACCAACACUCCUGAGGUCUUUGUCCUCCCCAUGUCCCUUCAUCUUGGGUGGGCGCAGUGUGCGAUGAUCUCCCACAUGGUCAAGUCUAAAUCCGUAAAACUGUUCAGGUCAAUGGCAAUACUUUGGGGCAGAAAGAAAAAGGCCUUUUGGUCUGUAGCUCGCCCCCAAAUCAAAAGUCCUGUCUAGCAUUUCAGACUGAGCCUCUCACUGUCAAAAACACAUGCAGCCCCGAAAAGAACUGUUUGUGGAGAUGUGGAGAACAGAUGUUUCUCACUUCCAUCACGGUGCGCUAAACAUGCAGCUUGUCACCCAAGCUCUGUCCUAUUCUGCUGGACCCCUGGGCUGUGCUGAUGCAGCAGCAGGCUGUGGGGGGUCAAGGUGAAUCCCCGGGAGCUCUGGAAGCCAUCGGCUCUUCAGUGGCUCCAGCCACCGCCGUGAGUGCUCCGAGGCACUGGGGAGAGGCCUGCCGAGGGGAGGGCCAGAGCAGACAGGGCUCCUGGGGGAGCAGGCAGGUGGAAGGGGGGCUGCCCAGAAGUGCCUGUCGGGAGGGAUGGCAAGUGUCGAAGUCAGUGACUGGCUGCAGUUAGCCGCCGGUUGGUGUGAAGGACCAGCAACUUCAUCCCCCUCCCUCCCCCUCACGAAAGCUCUUGAGUUUCCAGUCGGUAGCCCCGGCCCAGGGUUCCUCGCUGCCCAGAACGACAUCGUCGUCCUGCUCCAUCACCGAAAGACCGAGUCCACUCUGACAUUUCCCGGAAGGACCGCAUGCUGCCAGGACAGCAGAGAAGGGAGGGAGAGCUGGGGUUAACCUGUUCGGCUUAGGCAGUGACUGACCCAAGCUUUACACGGCCUCUGUCCAGCUUUAAACACUGCAACACACAGCUAGAAGUCACUUGGGGAUGCCAGAGGCCACGUUGGGGUAAUAGCCAUGGAGUUGAUUCCUUUACCUCGUGACCCCAGCAACUGCGGUGAUACUGAGAAUCUGGCAAUGGAGGGAAAACCUUUUUAAGUUACAGAAUUGAAUAUGGGUACUGGCUCCAUUCACUCCCCCGGGAUUCUAAACACCAUCCGUCUCUAUUAGUGAGAGUUGGCCAUAGCUGUCCCCAAAUAAAAAGUAACCAGCUUUUUUUUACCAGGCCGUGGACUGUGAUGUCCUAUUCUUCAGUUUUGUGGCUGGCUCCUGGAAGUAAGCAAAGCCAGAAUGACUGGUCAGCUGCCACGAGGGUUUCUACCUCGCUGUCCUUAGAGUCAGGGGACACAGUCGGGUGGUGGGACAGUUCUGGUGCCGUUCCUGCCAACCCCCGAGUGGACCUCACUUUAUCCUGACAGAGUGCAGCGUGCACGGCUUCCCACCUACAAGGGGCGCACGGCAAGAGCCCUGGAAUCUGUACUCAUGUGAAUUUUGACGUCUCCUUUGAAGGCCGGGGCCGUGUCCGCCGGUGCUUUUCAAAAUAGAGAACCGUAAAACCAAAAUGGAAUGCAGGGACUUCGCCUUCUAAGAUUCCUGUUUCAGAACUGCCCCUCAGACACCGUUUCAAAGUAGGGUACACGUUUGGAGUGUCUUUGGGCUUAACAAAAGGUACCGUCGCAACACCUUUGGAAUUGUCAGUGCUAGGGGUUUCGUACGAAAUAGUAGGGGUAGCUGUGGAAGUUACACCUUAACCUAUGAGAAACAUCCAGAAGUAUCUGCAGACAACGUUUUUUCUUUUUUAAUGAAAGACAGUGGGCCAGACUCCUCAAGAGAAAGCACAGGGGGUACCCCAGCCGAACAGCACUGGGGUCGCUGGUACACUACUGUCCUUCAGUUCACCAGCUCCUUCUGCUGAAUGGACUGAAUUCCCUUCUCAGUAUCACCUGUUCCUCCGCCCCGGCUGUCAUCUCAUUCACGUAGAAAGUGCCCUUCAAGGCCCCUGUUCACUGCUGCACUUUUCAAUGAUUAAAACUUAUUUCUGUUCUAGUG